AUGAUUUGGGGAGCUUAUGAUGGCGAGUAUAAAAAAUCUAUUGCGGGACACAAAUUAGGUAUUAAUGAUGUCAGUUGGUCUUCAGACAGUUGCUUUUUAGUGACUGCGUCAGAUGAUAAAACUUUAAAAAUUUGGAAAUUCAGUUCAGUAAGUAUUUAUUUUUAUUAUGAAAUUUAAUCUAAUAAUAUAAUUGUUAUAUUCUAUUUUAUUGUUAAUAAAUUAUAUUUGUAUAAUGUAAUUAAUAAAUUAAUAUGUAUAUUAUUAUUUAUGAAUAGCAUUACUGUUACUAAUAAAUAUUUAUUUAUUAUUAAAUUACUAUUGUAAGUUUAAUAUAUUGGUGUAUAUAUAUUUUAGUCAAAAUGUGUCAAGACACUUAAAGGUCACACCGAUUAUGUAUUUUGUUGUAAUUUUGACCCUGAAUCAAAUCUUAUAGUUUCUGGAUCAGUAAGUUUACACAAAGUUAUACAAAUUUUGUUUAUAUCAAGUAACAACGUGCAAUGGUAUUACUUAUUAGUUUGAUGAAAGUGUACGAAUUUGGGAAGUUAAAAGUGGAAAAUGUCUUUUAGCAUUACCUGCACAUUCAGAUCCAGUUAGUGCUGUUCAUUUUAAUAUUGAUGGCUCACUUGUUGUUUCUAGUAGUUAUGAUGGUUUAUGGUAAUAAUUCUUUAAAUUUUAUGUAACCUUAUAAAAAUUAAAAAUUGUCUGUUUUAUUUAGUCGUAUUUGGGAUACUUCUAGUGGUCAAUGUUUAAAAACAAUUAUUGAUGAUGAUAAUCCUCCUGUUUCGUUUGUAAAAUUCUCACCAAAUGGCAAGUUUAUAUUGACAGGUACUUUCAAUAACACUCUAAAAAUAUGGGACUAUACAAACGAGAAAUGCUUAAAAACUUAUGUAGGCCAUAAAAAUGAAAAAUACUGCAUAUUUGCAAGUUUUUCAGUGACAGGAGGAAAGGUAUAUGAUACAAGUUAAAUUAUUAUACUAAAAUUAUAAUUUACACUCAGUUUGUUUAUUUUAUUUUAGUGGGUAGUCUCUGGAUCUGAAGACAAUAUGGUAUAUAUUUGGGAUUUACAAUCUAGAGAAAUCGUGCAGAAACUACAAGGACAUACUGGUAAAUUUAAUUAGUAAUAAAUUCUAUGCAACUUUUGCAUGACUGUUAAAUUUAUUUUCCAGAUAUAGUUUUGUGUACAUCAUGUCAUCCAACAGCAAAUAUAAUUGCAUCAGCGGCAUUAGAAAAGGAUAAAAUAAUAAAACUAUGGAAAA